CAGUCUUUGUCACGCUGCUCAAGCUGCACAAACCGCUAGACUGACAUCUGUUCAUUCACAGAAGGCCCUGAAACUGGAAACCUUUAAAAAACUGGAAUAUAUUGUAGGCUACAUGACUUGAGACACCAUGGGCUGUCUGGAGUCAAAACUAUGUGACGAUUUUACAGUGGAGAAUAAGCCAGACCCGCAGACUACUGUACAUACCACCGAUCAUCCGCACUAUGUCAGAGACCCCACCUCCACUGCACAAAAAUGUAUAGAUCCCUCCCUGUUGCCUGGUCAGAUGUUUCAGAAGAUGGAAGAGCAAAAUGGGAAAAUCGUGGUGGGUCUUUAUGCCUAUGCAGGAGCACACGCAGAUGACUUACAAUUCAAAAAAGGCGAAAAGUUGGUCGUCCUGGAAGAACAUGGAGAGUGGUGGAAGGCAAAAUCUUUGGAAACCAACAGAGAAGGAUUUAUUCCCUGUAACUACGUGGCACAAGCAGACACAAUGGAAACAGAAGAGUGGUUUUUCAGAAGCAUCACAAGAAAAGAUGCAGAGAGGCAGCUGCUGGCUCCAGCUAACAAACCUGGGGCCUUUCUCAUCAGGGAGAGUGAGACUUCAGAAGGUUACUCAUUGUCUAUACGGGACGCAGGCCCGAAAGGCUUGGAUAUUGUUAGGCAUUACAAAAUCAGGAAACUGGACAAUGGUGGUCUCUACAUCUCUCCAAAGAUUUCCUUCCCUGACAUUGGCAAAAUGAUAAAACACUAUCAACAGAAAGCUGAUGGACUAUGUCGUAAACUGGGCAAUCCAUGUGCUAAACCUAAAGCUCAGAAACCCUGGGAUAAGGAUGCAUGGGAAAUUCCUAAAGAUUCCAUUAAGAUGGUGAAGAAGCUCGGAGCUGGGCAGUUUGGAGAAGUUUGGAUGGCUUUCUACAAUAACACAACCAAAGUGGCAGUGAAGACGCUAAAGCCGGGUACGAUGACAGUACAAGCCUUUUUGGACGAGGCCAAUGUGAUGAAGACCCUCCAACACGAACGCCUGGUGCGACUCUACGCCGUGGUCACCAAAACACAGCCUAUUUAUAUCAUCACAGAGUUUAUGGCAAAUGGCAGCUUACUGGACUUUUUAAAAACGGAUAUGGGGUGCAAAAUACAGUUACCAAAGCUCAUAGAUUUCUCAGCACAGAUAGCGGAGGGCAUGGCUUACAUAGAAAAGAAGCAUUAUAUCCACAGAGACCUGAGAGCGGCGAACGUCCUGGUAUCAGAAAGUCUACUGUGUAAAAUAGCAGAUUUUGGAUUGGCACGGGUGAUAGAAGAUGACGAAUAUUCACCCAGAGACGGGGCUAAAUUCCCCAUAAAGUGGACAGCACCAGAGGCCAUUCACUACGGUUCAUUCACCAUUAAGUCCGACAUGUGGUCCUUUGGGGUCCUGCUCUAUGAGAUUAUCACUUAUGGAAAGAUGCCCUAUCCAGGAAUGACCAAAAUGGAGGUGAUGUCAAGUAUUCAAGCGUGGAUAUCGGAUGCCCCAGCCUGUAAACUGUCCUCUGAACUGUACAAUAUCAUGCUGUCUUGCUGGAAAAGACAAACCCAGGAUAGGCCCACUUUUGACUACUUACAGAGCAUCCUGGAUGACUUUUACACCGCCACAGAAGCACAGUACCAGGAGCAGUCCUAGUCAAAGACAAUUCAUUUUUCAUUUAAUUUUUUAUUGGAUUGUUAGUAUUUUUGUACAGAAUGUUUUAUAUUGUUGAAUAAUAUGUGUGCCUAUGUGUGUAGUUUGGUAAGAGAGUGUGUAA